CGCUGACCCGCUCUGGGAUUUUAAUCCAUUGGAGUGCGCGUUGGGUUAUAUCAUAUUGACGAGCAUCACCACAUCACUCUUAAUCAACACACACGAACAUAAUGAAUAAUCCCAACGCCAAUCCACCUAAUCAAAACGCACACAAAUUCUUCCAACCGCAUGUCGUUCACAACAACAAACAAUUACAGUUCAUUCGCUCAUGCUUUGCCGCCAUUGCUGGAUCUGCUGCAGGCAUUCUCGGCUUAACAAACUGGUCUGGGUUCCUGUUUUACGCCCUCAGCUGGUCAACACUCGCCGUUCUUUUAGUCGUGUUUAAAUGUCACCAUCAGCCUGGAAAUUACUUUAUACACGGCGUACGAGAUCUGGUCGUCGACGGCGCAAUCAACGGCCUAUUAUCUUAUAUCUUGUUUCAUACCUUUCUUUAUGGCCUCGUUCAUUUGUAUCAAUAGUAGCAGCAAUAAUAAUAUAAACGCUUAUUCUGAUGUCUGGUGUUGUUUAGUAAGUGUAUCUGUACAUAUAUA